AUGAAAAUAACUGAAUGGGUUAUCUUACUUUUUUCUGUUUCAUGUCUAAGUGAAAAUAUAAUUUGUUCAAGUCCAAUGCAUAUACAAAACAAAAAAGGAAAAAUCUUUUUUCGUAAUGGCUGUAAUAUUCAGACGAUUAAUAACUCAAGUAUGGAGUUUAUAGGAAAUGGAGUAAUUAAAAAAGUUAUUCAUUCAAAAAUAGUUUCUCAGAACUAUUUUAUUUCUAUAUUUGAAAGUGAGUUUUCCUCUAUAGAAAUUAUUAAUGGUCUUCUUCUUAUUGGAUCUAAUGAAAAUAAAUCAAAUAAUAUUUCAUUUGCCGAAAUUACUUUAGUUAAUUCUUCUCUUUUAUUCUCUAAUACUACUACUGACUCCAUUAUUAAUAUAAAUACUUUAAAUAUUUAUAGUAAUGUUAGUUUAAAAGAAAUAAUUAUAGGAGAUAGUUAUGACUUAGAAAUUCAUAAACUAUGUAUUGUUGGAACACCAGUUAUUGCUUUUAAAUCAUAUUCUGUAUUUUUAAAAUGGUAUAAUACUACUUCAAUUUGUGGUUCUUAUAGAAGUUUACAAAAUAAAAAUCAAAUUAUUUAUUUUCAAGAAGGCUCAUAUUUUGAAACUCAAAGUCAGAUUCAGUGUAUAUCAAGAUGUUCUAGAAAUAAAAUUUGGUUUGGUAAAUUGAUAGAAACAGAAAGAAAUUUAUGUAAUUUAAAUAAUCAAGUUAGUAAAGUUGAAUUAAAUUGUAAUAUAAUUUAUAAUACCUCUAUAUUACAAGAUAUUAUUUUUAACUCUAGUCUAAUUAUUAGAAAAGGAUUAUUACACCAUGUUCAUGGUAUUCACAUUCAUCAACUUUUAUUACAAUCACCAGAUAUAUCAUAUAUAGAAUUCACUAAUGAUACAAUCAAUAGUGUUAUUAUUGAUAACCCUAAAAUACAUAUUUCUCUUCAUUCUACAAAAAUAACUACGUUUCAAUCAUUUAAUUCUUACAUUAAUUUUUUUGAUAGUUCUUCAUUAAUUCAAAGACUUGAAUUGUAUAAUUCUACAUUAAUAAAUAAAAACGUAACAUCAUUUAUAAAUGAAGUUAUUUUCUUUUUUGGAAAUUCUUCAUUUAACAUAGAUGGAUUUAUUGUUGAUAUAAUGAGAAUAGAAUCUCUUUAUAACACUUCAUUUUUUAAUGUUUCUAAUAUUUACACAAAAUCAUUAACAAUUAAUUCUCUUUCAAUAGAUUAUCUUGUUAAUAUUACUUCAAAUCUUGUCACAUUAAUAUACUCAAAAAUUAAAACUAAAAUAAAGAAUAUACAUGCACAAACAAUUGAAAUAAUUCAUUCGUCUAUACAUACUUCAGAAAAACUAAAGUAUAAUAAAAUGUUUGUUGUAUCUCUAAUACGCAAUGUUUUUACUAAUAAUUUUCUUGAAAGUAAUUUUAUGUUUUUAAAUUCUAACUCAUUACUUAUUGAUUAUAUCAAUUUUCACUAUGAAGAUUCUUUCCAUUCCAUAUUAAAUAGACCAAAUAAUUUAUACUAUACUAAUUUUGACUCUAUUAACACUAAUACAGUAUCAGAAAACUUAUUACUCUUUUAUCAAAACCAAUCUCAAUUAUUUGCGUCAUACUCUAAAAAAUAUAUAUUUCAACCAAAAAUAAUGCCAAAUUCUAAAACAACUGAAUUAUGUCUAAACCAUAGUGAUAUAACUAUAAAUAAUAAUACCAUUGUUAUUAAUUUAUCUAAUUCAACUUUAACAUUGACUGAAAACACUACUAUUAAAAUAAAUAAAGGAGUUUCAAAAAUCUUUAUUCAUACUAGGAACCAAAUUACUUUAACUUUUCAAAGAGUUUUAUGCUCUUCUUCUGUUUAUAUUCAUCCUCUUGAUUAUUCUAAACCAACAAUUAUUGUUAUUGAUGCAGAAGAAUCAUGUUCUGAUAAGAUUUUUAUUUCAUCAUCUAUUCCCCUUAUUUUAUCACCAAUAUCAACACCAAAAAUAAAAAUAAACUGUGGUUUGCUAGCUAUAUCAUCAGCUUCAUUAAGAGAUUUGAUAUCGGAAGAUCCUUAUGAUUAUGACCUAUUUUACUCUUUUUCUGAACUUAAAGAGAAUAGAUGUCCUCCAUUUAUUUGUAUUUCUUCUAAUGGAAUUUCUAUUUCUUCGGAUGGUAUUAAUAUUAAAUGUUCUAAUGCCAAUAAAUUUACUUCUGAUGGUUCUAGUGUUUAUAUUGAUAGAAUAGACUCUUCUCUUUAUGGAGUAUUUAAUGAUGUUAUAGUUUCAAACAAUGUUCAAACAAUUAGUUGGGUUGGGUUGAGUAUCGAUUCUAAUUCAUACGAUAUUUCAUACAUAACAAAUUUAAGAGUAGCACCAAAAACAUAUUUUUCUAUAAGAAAACUUAAUCUUCAUAUAACAAAAAUGUAUGGAACAGAAGUAUCAUUAUCUCUUAUUGAAUCUACAAUUGAAUGUACAACACAAGCUUCAUUUCUUUUAUUAAAAUUAGAAGAUUUUUCUAAAUUUAAAUCUAAAGGUUUAGACAUUCAGAAAUUAGUCUCUUCAUUUGGUACUUUUAUUACUUCAGAACGUCUUACAGUUAACAUAAUAGAAUACUCCCUAGAUUGGGAUAAAAGAAAUAAUAACCCUAUGAUUAAAAUUUCUUCUUUAAUACUGAAGAAUGAAUCUCUUAUUAAUUGGAUUGUAUUAGAUUCUAUUGUAACAACAAAAGAAACAAUUCCAUUAUUAGUUGUUACAAAUGGUAUUCAAUACCAACAACCAACAUUUAGUUUUAUCCACUGUGAUCAAAAGGUAUUAUUUACUUCUGGGACAAAUCAACUAAAUGGUAUAAAAUGUACAUUCUUUGGAAUACAUAAGACAUGUGUUUUAAUUAAAGAAAAUGCAGACUUGUUAUCUUCUUACGAUAUGUUACAAAGUAGUGCCUUAACUUGUCCAUGUACUUCAGACAGCCUUGAAGGAUGUACCAUUGUUAUCAAAACGAGUUCUGUUCAUGGAAAUGUUAAUACGAAUAACUUGGAAACAAACAUUAUAACGUCAUUAAAUUUAAAAUCAUUAUGGAUAGAUGAUACUUUGUUUGCCUUUCAAAACAUAACAAUUAAUUCUGACUCAAUUUAUAUUAAAUCUAUUCAAAUUCCAGAAAGUAGAUGUGUAUCAAUAUUUUCUAAUUGUAAAAUAGGAAGUAUUUUAGGGAAUGGGGAGUUUGUAAGUUCAAGAAAGGUUGAUGUGGACACUGUUUAUCAAACAAGAAUGAUAGUAAAUAAUAUAAACAUUAAUAAACUUUUCUCUCCUUCCUUUGUUCUUUUAAAUAAUACAAAAAUUGAACUCCUAAAUGGUAGCUCUUUCUCAAUGAAACGAGGGGUUCUAGAAUAUAUUCAUCAACUAGAAUCACCAAUUAAUUAUCAUUCAAGAGAAUCAUUCACAAUGUAUUUAACAAAACCCAUUAAUUUUCCAACGAAUACAUGUUUUGAACUUGCAGAAUUCAAAACAAUACCACAAACAAUCAUGAUUAGUUCAUUUUUUCCAAAUACCUUUAAUUUAGAAAUUGCAUGUAAAAAUAAAGUCAUUGUUUGUAAUAAUCCAACAGCUCUCUUUGAAUGUGGAAUUCAAAAAUGUAUUGUUACUCAUCCUGAUGAACCUUUAGACUCUAGUAAAGCUUAUGAUACUUUAAAUUGUCCAUGUGGUUUCAAAGAAGUGCAAACCAAAUAUAGUCAUGAGUCAUGUUUUUUAGUAGCAAAAGGUAUACAAGUCUUAGAAAACAUGAAUGGAAACUUUCAUUCAAUUGAAGUAAGUGAUGGUACUAUUUUCAUGUUAAAUGACCAAUUAUCAAUUUUAGAGUAUCAUCCUGUAUCCAACCAAAUAUUUAAUAGCAUUAAUAAUUAUGCUAAAUUAGAUAUUCAUAUAAUUGGAAAUCAAAUGUUUUCUAUAAACCUGAACGUAGAAGCUACAGUAUUUCUUAAUGCAAAACAGUCAAUGUUUUCUAUUACAAAAAAUAUCAUAUUUGAUACUAUUCUAACAGACAGUAUUUACAUAACAUCUUCAGCAAUGUUGACACUCCCUAGUAAUGUUCCAAGCAAUUUUAUGAUUAAUAUUACUAAUCAACAUAUUAAUAUUCCAAAUGGUAUUGAAUGUCUAUCAAUGAUAAUUUAUUCCAACUUCUUUGAAAGUCCAUUAUUUAUCAUUGGAAAUGAAAAGCCAUUUAAAAUGGAUUCUUUUGAAUUUAAUGGAAUAGCAAAAGGUGUAAUCGUUGAAAAUUCUCAAAAGAACCUUGUAAAAGUUGGUACAUUAAAAAAUAUUUAUAUUGACGAGGAACAGAGAUAUCUCACAACAGAAGAAAUACCAAAAACACGAGUUGUCUGUAGAUAUGAUAAUGGAUGGAAAAGUAAGAAUUGUCCCUGCAAAGGGACUUAUUGUGAUAUAGUCAUUUAUUCAUCUAUAAUAAAUGAACCACUAAUUAACAUAUCCAGAUUAAUUAUUGAAACAAAUUGUAUAUUUCAAGAGAUGGUAGUUGCUCAUUAUGUUGAGUUAAAUUUUAAUGCAACGUUUAUUGAUUGUAUAAUAACAAAUCUCAAUGUUUUUAAUAAUGAUUUAAUAAUAUUAAGACUUAAUUCUUUUGUCAUCGAAAAAAUUACCAGAAAAGAAACUAUUCCUCUCAUUAUUAAUUCAACAAAAGAAGGGGACAUUGUUUUUCUUGAAGCUCCAUUAGUUUAUCUUGUUACUUGUGAACCAAUAAAAUUUCAACACAUAACAUCAUCCAACCUAAUUAUGUAUCAACAAACUAAUAAAAUGAUUAUUAAAGGAAAAAAUAACUCUACUAUAGAAUCAGAUAAUAUUGUUAUUUUUAUUUCAUCAAUAUUACACAAUUUUAUCCUUCAGUCUUCAGUUAUUCCACCUCUUGAUGUGAUAUCUUUUUAUAAUAGAGAAAGUAAUACUAUAAAAAAGUUGACAUUUGGAUAUGUUUCUGUAUUAUGUUUUGAUUAUUUGUAUAUCUCAAACUCUACAAAAAUACCAAUGUGUCCAACAGACCAACUUAUAAAUGAAGAUGAACUAACAAACCAAAAACAAUUAUGGUAUUUAUUGUUAAUACCUAUACUUUUUAUACUUGUUUUAUUUAUGAUAACUACACUAAUGUGUGUGUAUAAGAUAUAUCAAAGAAGAGCACAACGUCAUCUUCGGUUAUUUUAA